CAGGCGUAAGCCAUCGCUGCACGGCCUUAUCCCAUCUGCGUUUCAUGGUCCAGCAUACAUCAUAUCAAGAUGACGAUCCGACUAGUGAAGUUCAUGGUCUUUGAUAUUAUACAAUGAAGUGUUCUUAGAGAGUCCAGAGCCAAAAGAUCUCCCAAUGUCAUCCACUUUAUCUGUAGGUUAUCCCCCUCCCCCUGCCAGUGGGCUUAACUAUCUUGCGGUCAUUCGCCCGUCCCUCAAACUACUGCUUCUAUGCUCAGCGUGGUCUUCAGCAUUGGUUUCACUUCUCUUCGCCUUAUUUCUGUUCUCCUCCAGGUCUUUGAAGAGAGCGCCGAUUUUCAUGCUGAAUGUCACGUCCAUUAUCACGGGGUUAACAUUGGGAGUUCUUGACUAUUAUAGUGGGGUAACGGCAAUCUUGUCUCCGGAUUUAAUAAUCCCAGGCGCCGCUGUCAUCGCACAUUCGGUUGUCAGUGCACUGCCACUCUUUACCGAAUCAAUCUUGGUAGUCAGAGUGCUGACUGUGUACCCUCUGAAAAGAACACCUCGUCUGAUUUUAGCGAUCGUUUACAUCCCACUGUGUUUCCUGAAAGCCGCUCGGCUUAUCAACAUCUUGAUCUUCUGGAGUGUAUGGUUCCCAACCAUCGUAGCGGGGGGUAACCCUAUCGCUGUUGCACAGCAGUCAUGGGAUUUUCCCUCGGACAAGAUUGAAUGGUUUCUGCAGAUAUUCGACAACGGAUAUGCUUCAGCACUCUUUCUCUACCGCCUCAGAGGGAGUCGUAGUAUUAAUGGCCGGAUCGACUGUACUAGACGGCCUGCUACUUCAUAUUCAAAACACCUCAGUGCCUUGUUCUGGAUCUCCGUAUCCAACUUUGUCUUCCUCGUCAUGAUUUCAUUUGUCCAGCUCACUUUUGCCUUCUCUGUCCAUCUUUUUCUGGACGCUACGUACAUCAUCAUGUCCAACAUAUAUUUCGAAAUAAUUGCCUUGUUGCUUGCCUCCUCUGCAGGUAGCAGAUGGUCAGAGGAGCAACAGGCCACCACAGGAUUGAGCGUGUCCGUCAUAAACUCUCUUCCUCGUUUUGCGACAGGUACUGUAUCCGCUGGAACUGCCGCAGCACAAGUUUCUAGUACGAGGGGAUUUGAAGUAUUCGAACAUAAUAGCAAACCUGACAUGGCCGUCGCCAUCCAUUCUCAUACUUGCAAAAAGUACGAACUAGGAAAAGAUGUAGAGUUCGAGGGGACCAACGCUUGACAGAAUGUAGAAAACUUAUUUAAAUAAGAGGGCACCUUACUUUUUGUACGAUAUUCAUGUACUCACAGUCGUGGUUGACUCGGUUAUAUUAUAUAUUUAUCAACAAUUU